AAUGGGUGAUACUUAUCUCAAAAAAAAAAAUCAAUAUAAUCAAUGGAAUAUAGAAGAAUCAAAAGUAUUGGUUGAGUUACUUGUGGAGGGAAUUAAGCAUGGAUGGUGUGAUUCUUGUGGUUUGAUUACCAAGUUAACCGUGGAAAAUAAAAUACUAUCAGUCCUCAAUGAAAGACUUGGAUGCCAAAAAACAUAUACACAAUAUCAAAGCAGAAUAAAUACCAAAGUUAUUUGGAUCUUCAACGUAACAGCUCUGGGUUCGGAUGAGAUUCUGAGACAAAAAAGUUUACAGCUUCUGAAGAAGUGUGGAGCACAUCCAAACCACAAAUAUAUGCGAUACGACUCCCAUGUGUUUGAAGAUCUUCAAAUUGUAUUUGAUGGUGUAACCGCCAAUGGUAGUAAGUCAGUUAGAUUGGAUGAUAAUACUGAUGCACCCACUUGCAGAGCUGGUGAUGACCAAGUGAAAGAAACCUUGGUUUUUUGCGAGAGUGGCGAUGAUGGUAAUGAUGCAUCACCUUUUUUAGACAAAAAUCUAAAAGGUCAUGUGGAGAAAUUUACCCCAAGAAAGAGAUCUAGAACUGAAGCAUGCAACAAUUUAAAGGAGCUGAAGAGUGAUAACAAUGAUUAUGUGGUCACAAGAAAAAGACAACAAAAGGAAGCUGAGCGAAGAGAAGCUGAGAAAAAGAAAAACAGUGUGUGGACCAAGGACGAGACAGUUCGCUUUCCAUUAUCACGGACUGUAGAGUAUUUGCAUGUAGUGCCAUCUAUCUUCAUCAUGUUAUCUGAAGAGAACUUCCUAUUGGUUUAUCAUGGAAAAUGCCCG